GGUCCGCUCUCCCGCUGCUGCUGGGUCUAACAAAAUGGACACUUCCCAACUUCUCUUCCUCAUCUUCAUGGUGAUAACUACAUCUGAAUGUUCAGGAGAGAAUACAACAAAGUGUCCUCCUAACUGUGGCCCUCCCUGUCCCAGUGAAGAAGGGACAGCCGAGCCCAAAUACCAAAAGAUGGACAAGAAGUCAUACACCCUGUUGGAAGGGGAGGCAUUUUAUUUAGAGCCUUACGAUGUGGCAAGCGGCCUCUCUGAUGAAGAUAUCAAAUGGUACAAAAAUGAGACUGAGAAAAUCCCCACUGACAAGAACAAGAAUGUACAUUACCACGGUGAAGCACUCUUUUUCUUAAACCUCCUCCCUGAGAACUCUGGCAAUUACACUGCCUGGGAAACAGACCCAUCAUCAGGAAAGUGUUACAAAUAUGAUGUAGAAGUUAACGUCGUCAACUCAAGCCAUAUGAUGAACUACGGAGAAAUCAAAAACUCAGACAUGAACAAAAUGAUCCCAUGUCCAGAUCCUGUCAAGAAAACAUGUCAAAGGUUGAAAGGAAAAUUCAGGUGGAACAAGGACAACAAAGCCCUUCAAGGUCACCAUCAAGAUGCUCUUUGGAUUGAUAAUGCUAGCAAAGAUGACGAGGGAAUCUACACGUGCAUUUGUACCUGGACAUACAACGGCAAGGAGUACAACUCGUCAGCCUCCAAGGAGCUAAAGGUUGAAGAUAAAGUUGCCUACCGUGACUUAGAGAUCAUCUCUCCGAAGAACAAGGAGCAGUUGGCUGAUGAAGGCGUUGGGAUCAAGCUGAAGUGCUCAGUUUACUGUGGGACUACCAAGAUAAGUGACUGCAAUGCUAGCUGGAUGGUUGAUGGAAUCCCUUUCUGCCCGAUCAAUGGAUACAAUCAAACCACCAAAACCGUCACUGAGAACACUUCAAGGAAAACCAGCUCCACUGCAAUCCUGACCAUCGAAAAAGUGUCUGCUAAAGAUUUCAAAACUGAGUUUAAAUGCAUCGGCAAAGGCCUUUUCGGAAAAGUGUCUGCCACUUUAACUCUUAAGCGGAGAGAGUCAAUAAUCCCACUGGUCAUUGGAGCAGUGUGUGUGCUGUUGUUCGUUGUGUUGGCCGCCGUGCUGGUCAAGUGCUUCGCUAUCGACCUCACUCUCUUCUUCAGAUCCUACUUCCCAUUAAGCAGUUACAAUAAAGAUGGCAAGGUGUAUGAUGCCUACGUGGUCUACCACAUGCAGAGCAUGGACAAGGCCACCGAUGACGCACUCUGUCAGUUCAUCACCAAGGUUUUGCCCUCCGUCCUUGAGGAAAAAUGCGGAUAUCGACUCUUUAUCAACGGGAGGGAUGACAUACCCGGGGAAGACCGUCUGGAGCUAGUGGAGGAGCGCAUGACGCAGAGCAGGAGGCUGAUGGUCAUCCUCACCCCGGGUUCAGGAUCAGAGUUACAGAGCAGAGACCAAUGUCCUGCCUCGCCCCACAACUCAAUGAUAGGAGGGUAUGACUGGCAGGUGGGGCUCCACCAUGCGUUGUUCCAGAGGGAAAUGAGUGUGAUUCUGGUCCAGCUGGGGGACACUGGGCCACAAGGAUACACACACCUUCCCGCUGGCUUGCAGCACCUGAUUCUCCAGAGCGCCCCUAUUAAGUGGCCAGAGGGUUCGUGUGGCGCUGCCGCAUGGAACUCACGCUUCUGGAAGAGAGUGCGAUACCUAAUGCCUGCAAUACCUGCAAUAAAAUGUCCACAGUCUGCUAUUAUUUGAAACCCUUAUGGAUUUGCUUUGACCUCCCUGGAAUCACAGAUACUGUAUGUAGCAUGUGCAAAACAAAAGGUUCCAACCGCACCAGUCCCAUCACACAGAUGUGUGGGAUCACAGGCAUCAGUUCUAUGUAGGAAUGAUGCUAAUAGGUCCAUAUAGAAUUGUGUAUUUACUGGUUAAAGAAGUUUAUUCCUCCAUUAAACUGUGGACAUGUCAUUGCAUACAUACAUUCUGAGUCUAACCCUGAUCUCUGAGUUGAUUUACCCUGAGAUGGGAAACUCUUGAGUUUUCGGUUCCAGAACAGCUGAGUCGAGUUGGUUCAACUCGGAGCAGGUUUACUCAGAGUUAAGCGCGUGCACCACCACAAUAAAAAGGCAGCAUGAAUGGAGCCAUCAUACUACGAUUCACUAUGGCAACAACCACAA